AUGGCCUGCGAAUCGCCUUACCCCGUGUAUGAUCCAGGCAACCGUCAAGCAUACAUGGAAUAUGCUCUGGAGAAGGCACGCCUCUCACCCCCAGCACCUACAAAGUUUUGUGUUGGAGCAGUCCUUGUCAAUGGGGAGAGUGGCAAGAUUCUCUCGACAGGCUACUCAAUGGAACUACCUGGUGAUAGGCCGGGAGACCCAGGCUCGACACAUGCUGAACAAUGCUGCCUCAUCAAAGUCGCCGAGAAACAUAACGUCCCAGAUGAUCGUGUCGGCCAAAUAUUACCCAAAAACACCGUCUACACGACCAUUGAACCAUGCAACGAACGUUUGAGUGGUAAUCGAACUUGCGUGGAGAGGAUACUCGGGCUCAAAGACUCAAUCAAACUGGUCUACGUGGGGAUCACAGAGCCUGGAACAUUUAUUGGUCUCAAUGAAGGCAGAAAGCGACGUGAGGAGGCAGGUGUCGAGGUCAGACAGAUCGAGGACAAGGAGCUUCGAGACCGGAUAUUCAAGGCCUCUACUGCAGGACAUGAUCAAUAG